GGCUCCGAAGCGACGGGCGGUGAGCUCGCCGGGCCCGUGGUCCCCACGGGGCUUCCGCCCCUUAUGGUCGCGCGGGUCGCGCAGGCCCCUGUGCCCGCCGGUGAUGGCUGCGGCCUUGGCCUGGCUCGCAGCGCCCGGGCUGGCAUGCCGGGCGGCUACGCCCUCGCCGCCCUGGGUCAGCGGCCCGUGUUCUCAGAGGCCAGUGGGGUGGCCAACGAGCACCUGCCCCUGCUGCGGCAGGACCUCCAGGACCGCCCCAGGGGCAGGAUGCUACGGGAGGUCGGGCUGUCGCACACCAUGAGCGCGCCCGCGCCGCCGAACCACUGGCCGGCGGUGGAGGAGAGCAUGCACGCCGACGUGGUGCGGGUGCACUCGUACGACGGCGGCCCGGGGCACCAGAGGAGGUGGGCUUCGAAAGAGGAGGAGGCGCCGGAGAGGGGCGCCGGCAGCUGGAUGAUGCAGGGCCCGCCUGGCAGGGCGCUGAGGCACCACGGCGUCCUGGAGCCUCUCUCGGCGGCCGAGACGAGGAGUGUGCAGUUCUCCUUCGGCUGCCCGGCUGGUGAGCAGGAGUCCUCUGGGAGCGGCUUCACCGCCAUGGCUGCUGCGUUGGAGGGCUCCGGCUCUGGCACAGCUGGCACAGCCUGGCCCCAGCCGCCCCAGGGCACAGUUCUGGCGCAGCUGCCUCAGGCGCACGUGGUUGUUCCACACACCCUUGCAGCCAGCAUCGUCGAGCCAGCUGGCGCCGGCAACAGCUACUCGGCGCUCGCAAGCCCGGAGGUUGCGGCCUCCGAGUUCGGCGCCUCGGAGUGGCGACUGUUGCUGGACGAG